AUGUCUCAGUACCAGCACUUCAUCCCAAAGUUCAUCUUACGGAAGUGGGGAGAAUACGUCGAGCCCUUGAAUGAUGGCUCUAAAAGCGAUGCGGCGUGGGAGAAUGCUAAGAAAAGGGCACAGAGGAAAGCAGGUGUUAGUGCACUGGCCAUGAAGAACGGCUUCGCCAACAUGGUAUUGGAGCGGCGAAACUGCGGCUACAUCUGCGGGCUGAACAAUAUGCCUGAAAACGCGGACGACCUAUUCAUUCUGACCCAAAACGCAUUCGGUGUUUUUGAAGGUCCAAUGUCCUCAUUAUCAUGGACGAGUUGGCAUUUCUUCUGUCCCAUAGGUCCCAAGCUACUGAUAUUGAUGAGGCACAACGAUCUGACACCUUCCUUCGAGGAGUCCUGGGCGAGAAACCUCCACGAGGCCACUGUCAACCUCAACCCGGUCAUUCACGCAAAUCCUGGCAUGGUGAUGUCUUGGUUUCGAGACAUGCCGGUUUAUCGGUCUGGUUCGCCUGAUAUGUUCAAACACUUCAUCAUCUCGAGCGAAUAUGUUCAAUGCAUCAAUUCAAUCUUGCUCGACAACGCCUCAGACACAACCAUGAUCAUCUUCCGAAACGAGGCAAGCUUAGUUCGUGCGUUGGAAGUCUUUCCUUCUUCUGAGAAGCGAGGCCUCAAACUUUUAGUACCUCUUCGGGAGCAACACAACGCAUCCUUGACCGUCAAGGCCAGCGGCGAGCAGAUUGCAAAAAUCGCUGUCGGUGGUCAUUAUGGGUAUGAAGAGUACCUUCAGGGCCUAGAAACCGUCGCCGCAAGCCUUGGGAGCAACGUUAGACUUCGGAGGACAGAGUUGACAUCGAGAAUUGCGCUGUCGCCUCGAUUUUCAGAGGAGUUUGUGACUCGAUAUAGAAAGCUCGGAUGGGAUGGGACCGACAGUGUCUGGCUCAAGGAUCUAGAGCGAGCCACAGAGAUACUUACGGAUGGGGUUUUUUCUGACAUGGUACAGCAGAUGCGUGACACUGUGUAUGGGACGGAGUAUGCUCUCAAUAUCUUUCGCCAGCGGACCAAAUCAUCGGAUCGCCGUCAAGUCUGGUUGAGCAAUCGCUUGUGGGGAGCUAUUGAGCACUUUAAGAUACCAGAGAAGAUCACAAUGUUGCAACACCUGGACGAGGUAGUCUCAGACGACUUUUGGUGUUGGGGCGAUAGGAUCGCCGAUGUCUGUGAUAUGUUUCCUCAAGAUCUGACGUCCAACUUCCUGUUUUUGACACUGGAGGUCCGGCGCGCUUGGAAGCGCCUGAUGAGUGAAUACCCAUUGAGCGGGUUGCGGCCACAGUACCAUUUCGACCUUGCGUUUUCUGAGAUAGGGUCGAUAUGCAACUGUGGAAUGCAGCUGGUAUCACAGCAGGCAAUUGCAGCAAGGAAUAGUCUGGACGCGAGGACCUUGGAACAGAUCCUCAGAAGGACUGUAGACUUCGACUUGGAUGAUGACAUGUCGACAGAGACACAGGAUUCUAUAUCCUAUUCACCCCGAGCAUGGAUCAGACCAGGAUCCAAGUGUCGAGCCAUAGCAGUGAGUUCCGGCAUCAUUUGGCAGAAUGGUGUAACAGCCUUCAACCUCCUCGACGCCAGGAUCUCUGAAUUGGUCACGGCGAUCACCAGCGCUGUUUUCACUCUGGACGACCAACUCAGAUGGUAUGAGAAGAAGAUUCCGAUGCCAUCGAGGCAUGCGGAACCCUCUAUGUUGACUUUGUCUAGUUUCAUAGAUGCGAGUGCUAACGCUUGCUACAACUUGACCUCGUAA